UUUCAUUCAGUUCAAUUUUAUAAAUCUAACGGAUCAGUUUUCUUAUUUCAUUUUUCUACUUUUAAAUAAAAUUUUCAUUUAUUAAAGCAAAGAAUGCCUGUUAAUAUUAGGAACGUAUUGAUUUGCGAUGCUGUUGAUAACGCAUGUGUGGUCCUUUUGAAAAAUAAUGGAAUCAAUGUUGGAUACAAAUUGAAAUUGCCCGUUGAAGAGCUUUGCAAAGAGGUUAAGAAUUAUGAUGCUGUCAUUGUGCGCUCGGAUACAAAAAUUACCGCUCAGGUUUUGGAAGCUGGUAAAGGCAGCCUCAAGGCGAUAGGACGCGCUGGAGCGGGUGUAGAUAAUAUAGAUGUAGCAGCAGCAACUAAAAAUAAUGUGAUUGUUUUGAACACACCCGGUGGCAAUUCCAUAUCAGCCUGUGAGCUAACAUGCAUUCUAAUUGGAAACCUUGCCCGUCCAGUAGUGCACGCUGCUCAGAGCAUGAAAGAGGGCCGCUGGGAUCGCAAAUUAUACACUGGCAAUGAAUUAUAUGGUAAAACUUUGGCUAUCUUGGGUUUAGGACGCAUCGGACGUGAAGUUGGUAUACGCAUGAAAGCCUGGGGUAUGAGGGUAAUCGGUUACGAUCCCAUUCUUAGUAAAGAAGAGGCCUUAGCGGUGGGUAUCGAGAAAAUGUCCUUAGAUGAUUUGUGGCCUUUGGCUGACUUUAUUACUGUGCAUACUCCUCUUAUACCGGCUACAAAAAAUCUGAUUUCUUUCGAGACUUUAUCAAAAUGUAAAAAAGGUGUUAAGAUAAUAAAUGUAGCGCGUGGUGGUAUCAUUAAUGAGCAGGCUAUUCUGGAAGCUCUAGAAACGGGUCAAUGCGAUGGUGCCGCUUUUGACGUGUACACUGAGGAACCGCCCAAAUCGGAUAUACUUAAAAAACUUAUCAGUCAUCCCAAAAUUGUGCCUACACCUCAUUUGGGUGCUAGCACUAGCGAAGCACAAGUGCGAGUAGCCGUUGAAGUAGCUGAGCAGUUCAUUGCAUUGACUGGGAAAUCGAAAACUUACACUACUUACCUAGGUGUUAUCAAUCGGGAAGUGUUGGCGCAUUAUCAGUAAACUGAUAGGCUUGCGUGGGCUGGCCAAACGUAAAAAUCUCACAAAUAGAUUCAAUCACUAAGUCACUAAGUAACACGUUUUUUUUUUUUCUUUCAAAUACAUUCACGCUAAGGUUGUAGAAAUAA